AGAUGCUUUGAGGACAGGAUUGAUGGAGAGGAUUCCUGCUGGUGGAUAUAAAAAAAGCAGAAGAAUUGGCAGCAGAAGCUGAUGAAGCUCCUCCUCUUUAUGGAGAUGUAUUGGAGUCUAUCCUGUCGCGUGUUUCUCUCAUCCACCUCCUGUCCUCCUGCCUGCCUCUCGCGUAUCCAAGGCUUGGCGACACGCCGUAGAUGUAGUCACCUCUUUUUCCAAUUCUUCCCCGCGUGCCAACCCAUGGCUCAUCCUCUAUCUCCAAAGUUGUCGCAACCUAUCUUCAAUAACCGCCCAUGCCUAUGAUCCCAAUUCCCAUGUUUGGAUGGAUUUGGGAUUAAUCAAAACGCUGCCUCCACCCCAAACCUUCUACCUCCUCCGCUCAUCAUCCCAACCCCACCCAAAUCUCCUUUACAUUCUCUCUUCCUCCAUAUUCGCCUUCUCACUUGAUGCCCUCAACGUCACGUGGCACAAUCCUGAGACUCCUCUUGUGUGGCGAGUGGAUCCCCUCGUUGCUAUUAUUGGCUCCCACGUCGUCGUCGCCGGUGGCACCUCCGCGUUUGAAGAUGACCCGCCCGCCGUGGAGAUGUACAACCUCGAUUCACGCAAGUGGGAGAUGUGCCGAUCCAUGCCUGCCAUCCUCGUGGGCUCUGCCCCCACCACCUGCCUCUCGAUCGCCGUGUCCAAGGGCCAACUCUUCGUCUUGGAGAAACUCUCUGGCGUCAUUUGCACUUUCGACCCGGAGAAGAAGACGUGGGGAGGUCCCUUCAAUUUACACCGCCCAGGACCAUCUGUGCUUUGUUCCUUAAUCACUGGGUCUUCGGAUGGGCGCUUGAUUCUGGUUGGGCUGAUGAUGGGAGAAGUUACCGACAGCAUCCAAGGCAUCGGGCUUUGGGAAGUCAACUGUGAGACCUCCGACUGUAAGGCAAUGGGGAACAUGCCGGGGUAGAUGGCCGAGAGGCUGACGAAUGAGGAUUAUUCGUUUCCGUCGUCAAUCGGGGUAUCGACUGCGGAAGGUUUCGUUUACAUCUAUAAUCCAUCGAAUCCUCAACAUAUUAUGUUCUGCAAAUUGAUCAAUGGUAUGGCGGGAGAGUGGGGAUACGUUCAUAACUCCAUCAUCAAUCAAUGAUGGAAAUAGAAUGGACAGAUUCGUGUUCACUUGCUCGAGGGCAAGAAUCAAUGAUCUUCAGAUGGCUUUGACUUCGGGGAGUAGGAAAAUCACGGUAAAGUCGGUUGGCAACUGAGCCGGAGACAGACGUGGACGUUGCAUAUUCCUUGCCAUCGACACUUAGUGGGUCAAAUGUAGUGGCUAUUUGGUUUGACUUCGUUUAUUCUGUUCGGGAAGGAACUGCUGAGUCAUUCUUAUUUAACCCAACUGGCAACUCCCCAUUAUUUCA